GACGUUCUUGCCGUGACUGGAUAAGAGUUUAAAAAACGUUCUAAUAUCAUCUUGAAAUAAGUAUUGAGAACAAUGACUACACGUAAAAAGGAGGAAUCAAAUAAACAGAGAUAUCAAGCUAACGCACGUGAAAGAGAUAGAACUCACAGGUUCACGAUUCAAGAAAAGCAAUCUUCACUGUGCAGCGUGAACACAGCUUUCAGCGCAUUGAGAACAUUGAUUCCAACGGAGCCAGCAGAUAGAAAAUUAUCCAAAAUAGAGACUCUCAGAUUAGCAAGUAGUUACAUCAGUCACUUGGGUGCAGUUCUUGUUGUUGGUGCCAUGGAUCAACCUUGUUUACAACUAGAAGAAAGUGGUAGAGUAUACUCAACAGGUGAUUGGAGUGAUAUGCAAGCUAGACCACAAGUUUGCACUUUCUGCCUUGCUAUGCAUAAAAAAUAUAAUACUGGCAAUUCAGAAAUUCUUUCUGAUUAUCAAAGUCAUAAUAUGACACCAUAUAUCUUUGUUCCAGGGAAUUCUGCAAAGUGUAUUGAUUAAAAUUAUAUAUAGAUAUAUAUACAUAUAUAUUAAAGAAUAUAUUUCUUGUAAAUUUUAUGUAAAUAUAUUAUUUUAAUAAAUUUCUUUCAUACAAUA